CCUAUAAACCGGAUAUCCGGCGCCUCCAUAAACGUUGUCUCUAGUUCUCGAAGGAAUAGAGACCGCAGCAGCGUUUCUUUCUUUUUGGAACAGGCGCAGUCCGAGAGAACCCGCAAAAGGAGUAAAAGGCUCCUACAUAACCUGUAAUAACCAAUAUAUUGUAUGAGUCAAAAGGUAGAAAAACCAGUAUUAUCGGGUCAACGGAUCAAGACCAGAAAAAGAGAUGAGAAAGAGAAGUACGACCCGAACGGGUUCCGCGACGCGCUGGUCGCGGGGCUCGAGCGCGCGGGCGGCGACCUGGAGGCGGCCUACAAGUAUCUAGACGCGGCCGGCUCCAAGCUCGACUACCGCCGCUAUGGCGAGGUCAUAUUCGACGUUCUCAUCGCCGGGGGCUUGUUGCUGCCCGGCGGGCUGGUGUCGAUGGAUGGGGAGUCGCCGAAGACCAACACUUGCAUCUUCAACGCCAGUGAGGAUAUGGACAGCAUGCGCAACUUCGAAUCGGUAUUCGUGCGGUUGAUGCGUCGCUACAAAUAUCUGGAGAAGAUGUUCGAGGAGGAGAUGAAGAAGGUCCUCGUGUACCUGAAGGGGUUCGAGCCUCUGCAACGUAUCAAACUGGCCCGGAUGACUGCCCUCUGGAUUGGUAACGGCUGCGUGCCGCCGUCGGUGCUGCUGGUGCUGGUGAACGAGCACCUGCUGAAGGACAACCUGGCGCUGGACUUCGUGCUGGAGGUGUUCGCCACGGUGAAGCAGGAGCGCGGCGUCAACACGCUCGUCACCGCGCUCAAGAAGGGACAACUGGAGGGCAGGCUGCUGGAGUUCCUGCCACUGAACCGACGCAGCGAGGAGGUGCUGGCCUCGUCGUUCGCGUCGCGCGGCCUCGCCGAGCUGCUGCGGCUGCAUCGCGCGCAGGCCUCGCAGGAGGCGCGUCGCGAGCUGACGCAAGCGCUGCUCGAGCAGCUGGCGGACGAGCGGCCCGUGCGCGACCUCAUCGCCGAGCUGCGCGACAUGGCGCAGCGGCACGCCAUCCCCGACCACGAGAUUGUCGCCAUUAUCUGGCAGUGUGUGAUGUCUCGUGGCGAGUGGAACAAGAAGGAGGAGCUGUUGGCCGAGCAGGCGGCGAAGCAUCUGCGUCACUAUACGCCGCUGUUGGCCGCCUUCGCGCAGUCGGCCAAGGCUGAGAGCGCUCUACUGACCAAGGUGCAGGAGUACUGCUACGAGAACAUGAGCUUCAUGCGCGCCUUCAGCAAGCUGGUGCUGAUGCUGUACAAGAGCAACGUGCUGUCGGAGGAGGUGAUCCUCAAGUGGUACCGCGACACCAACUCUAGCAAGGGCAAGAUGAUGUUCCUCGACCAGAUGAAGCGCUUCGUCGAGUGGCUGCAGAACGCCGAGGAAGAAUCUGAAAGCGGCGAAGACGAAGAUUAGUUUAAGGGCAGCGAGUGAGACUGAACACAUAGCGCCGUCCCCCACAACCACAACCACAACACAACCGCAACCAGAACCAGCAACAACCACAACCAGCCGACAACCGCAACCGCGCGACAACCCGACUCGCAACCACUCACCACUCCGCGGCCUUACGAACAACACGAGUUUAAUAUUAAAUGUUAAUAUUAAAAAAAUAAUAAUAAAUAAAUAAAUAAAUAAUACUAAAUGAUGUCAUAAUAAUAACUGUAGCACACUCGACGCGUGCGGGACGUUUUCUACAACUGUAUAUUAUUCAUUGCUAAAGUAACAUGUUGAUGAAAUACAAUAUUUUUUAUUCAAUUUUUUUAGUAAAAUUCAAAUAAAUGGUGGCAACACA